UCAUUUAAGUUUGCAUUUAAUUAGCGUUUAGUUUGUCUUUAAAUAUGUGUUUAAUGAAUAGUUUAAUCGCAACCCUAUUGUCAGUGCUAUCACUGGUGGUGACCAUCGAGGGUCAGUUCAAUUGGCAGACUAGGGAUUCGUUCGAUGAGAUCCGCAAACAGUUGGACAAAGUGGUGGAAGACAACUGCAAAGUGAUGGACAUCAAUGAGCUCUUCCUCCCCCAGUCAUCCGUCACUCACAUCCCGGACCUCAAGUGGUUGGGCAUCGAUCCCAUCUUCCCCAACAGGACCAACCUCUUGCACAUCCACAACAUGGCUCUCAGCCGUGCCUUCUAUCUCAGUUAUAUCCUGCAGAAGGCUCCGGACGACUCUGAACCGGGUUUUAUGUAUUACUUCUUGUCGGCGAUCGCGGACGUGGCGGCCAAUCGCUAUAUCAACGCCAGUAGUAUAUACUACGGGCCGCACAUGGCGUUCACGCCCUCCUAUAAGGGCUUCUUCAACAAAACGAUGCCUCUGUUCGCCCCGCGAGCCUUCAGGGCCGACCACUUGAACGACCCCUACCAUCUUGAGGGCACAUCCACUCUCAACACCAUCGAAGCCAUCGAUUUGGGCGCCAUUCAGAACAACUCCUUCAGCACUAACUACACCCACGAACAGUAUAAGAUCAACGAGUGGUACAGACUAUGGCUGCCG